AUGAAAUUGCUGCAGAUUCUGGAGAAGGAUUACAAAAAGAAGACGUCGUGGAAUCGGUUGGAAGUCAUGAAAAAAUCGACGCUAGCCAGAAUUAUGAGAUGCUCGGUUAAUGAUGAUAUUCAAGGAUUGAUGAGGAUCGCUGAGAAUCAGACGAGGAUUCGGGCGUACGAUGAGAUUCUUCCGAUUUGCCUUCUUGUUCUGAGCAAAAGAUUCGAGGAAUUCCUGCGAACCGUCGAUGCUAUCAAUUCGGACAAGGCGUUGUCGAUUUUUCUAGGCAUUUGCAAUUUAUUGCGCGGAAUUCGAAGAGACGACAAUUCGAGCAACAUAAUGUGCUUAUUGGUGCUCAACACCCUUCGCCAAUGGAAAGAUGAGCGAAAAUUCGAUUCGAAGAGCCAUCAAAUUGCCGAUAUUUUCGAUUCGAUGAACACCAAAUUGACAUUUUCCGCGAGAAAUUGUCGAUUAGAAGACCUGAAUAUUUAUAUAAGUGACGCGGAUCGAUUGAAAAUUGAGAAGGAGCUCCGCAAAAUUGCGCCAUUUGAGGUGGCGCGACCGAGAAGGUCCGCAGGACCGAGAUAUGAUAUGGAGCUUCGUCUCGUCGCGCCGCUUCAAUCCAAUUGUCCUUCCGAUGAAUAUCGAGGCAAUCCGUUUCAACUUGACCAUAUUGAUACAGCGGACUAUAUGCGCAAAUUUUCGGACCAUUUGAAAACGGAAGAAUCGAUGUGGAUGAGAGUCAAAAAUACGAUGACAAGAGGCGACGAUGUGGAACGAUUCGCGGAGGAUUUGAUUCGAGAAUGGAAUUGGGAGGGACGAAUUCGAGAGAAUUUGGGCAAAAUGGAUCCCGAGGAGACGCAUCCCAUUGUUGGAGCAUGCUUGGAGGUGUUGGACCGAGAUCGUUUCGUCGAGCUGCUCACAUUCUGCGCGAUGUCGGUGUGUUCGCAAGGCCAAAAUCUCAUCGGCGCGUCGCAAUUCGAAUACGAGCUCGUCACGCCAAUUGUUCGCGAAUUGUGCAAUAUUUUCAAGAUCAAAGUCGGAUAUGACGAGAAAACGAUUUGGAAUAAGGUGUUCGGCACGUAUAUUCAAUAUUUCGAAGAUUCGGAAAAAUCGAGGAAACACACUCAUCGAGAAUGGUGGGAGAAGGCGUGCAAAUCAGCGAAUAUCAAGCCCGAUUAUCAGUUCGAAAUCGGCAAUCUUGACGCGAUGACACGAAAAGAAGUGUCGAGUGUGUUGUUCAAUGUGAUUCUGAAGAGCUGCGUUUUUCCGGUGUCGUCGAGAAACUCGAAGAAGUGCUCAUGGUGUCCGGCGUUCUCAUUCCGCGCGAUCGCGUUCGAAGAGGAAUCGCGUGUGGCGUCGGACGGCAAACGGCAGAAUCUCUCGCGAAUGCUCGCGAUUCACUCGCACCUCAUGUCGUUGUUCGAGGCGAAUCCGUUCGAGUUCAUCAUCUUCUCCACCGACACGCUGCCGCUGACAAUUCCGCCGAGGCCGUGGCUCGAUUACGGUAUCGGCGGGCCGUUGUACACGCAUCGAUUGGACAUUGUGCGCAAUAUGUACGAGUUCAAGGCGGUCAAUUUGAACGACGAGGCGAGAAAUCGGAUUCGCGAGCCGCAACAGGCGAGGCCGGUGUUUGACGCGCUCAAUCAGCUGGGAUCGACGCCAUGGGUGAUCAAUGAGAAGAUGUUGGAUGUUCUGAAAGAGGUGUUCGCUGAAAGUGGCAACAAGGCGUCGGAGGCGCUGCUCGACAAACUCGGCAUUCCGAUGCGAUCCGACACGAUCGCGAUUCCGGACUUUCAGCAAGAGUUUGGGAGGAACGCGCGCCGAGAGCAGCUGAAUGUUGAGAAAUGGAGAGAUUACGCUCGUCGGAAGGCGGAAGCCAUCAAAAUUCGCAACGAGAGCAAUUCGCUGUGGUGCUGGAUGCUCUAUCGCGUCGUGUUGGCCGACCAUUUUCGCGGUCGGACCCUCUAUUUUCCGCACAACAUGGAUUUUCGCGGACGCGUUUACCCGCUGUCGCCGUAUUUGUCGCAUAUGGGCGACGAUGUGAAUCGGUGUAUUCUCAAGUUCGCCAAAAAGCAGCCGCUCGGCGAGAAUGGACUCGAAUGGCUCAAAUUGCAUUGCAUCAAUUUGACGGGAACGAUGAAGCGCGCGAGCAUCGCCGAUCGAAUGCGCAAAGUUGAGGAGCUGAUGCCGACGAUUCGCGAUUCGGCGAGGAACCCGUUGAACGGCGAGAAAUGGUGGAUGGAGUCGGAGGAGCCGUGGCAAACGCUGGCCGCUUGCAUCGAGAUCGACGACGCUUUGAAGUUUGGCAGCGAUUCCUCGCAAUUUUUGAGCCAGCUUCCCGUCCAUCAGGAUGGCAGCUGCAACGGAUUGCAGCACUACGCGGCGUUGGGACGUGACCGAGAAGGCGGCACUCAGGUGAACCUGACCAAAUGCGAUCUACCCAAUGAUGUCUACUCGGAUGUUGCUAAACGAGUUGAGCAGAAGCGGCUGGAAGAUGAGCGUGGAAGGGGUGAGGAUAUGGUGGUGGCUCGGAAGUUGAGAGAGGCGCUGCCGCAGAAUGUGCCGAGGAAGGUGAUCAAACAGACGGUGAUGACAACGGUUUAUGGGGUGACGAUGUACGGAGCGGUUCAGCAGAUCAAGCGGCAACUCAAAGCGAUGAAUAUGGAUUAUGAUGAUUGCGCGUUAUUUGCCAGAUAUCUGGCGCGAAAGACGUUCUCCAGUCUCGAUGACGCAUUCAAAAGCUCGAUGGCCCUCAAAGAUUGGUUCCGAUUGUGCGCGAAAGGGACCAGCGAGUUGAUGAAGACCGUUGAAUGGAUCACACCGCUGGGAUUGCCCGUCGUUCAGCCGUAUUGUCGAAUUGUUGAGAGAAAGGGCAAACUGGUAUUGGCGCCGAUUCCGAUGAAGCAGAUCUCGGCAUUCCCGCCGAAUUUCGUCCAUUCGCUCGACUCGACGCACAUGAUGUUGACAUCAUUGAAUUGCGCGCGUCGCGGUUUGACGUUCGCCGCCGUCCACGAUUGCUUUUGGACGCACGCGAAUUCGGUGGAUGAGAUGAACGCGAUCUGCCGCCAACAAUUCAUCGAUCUUCACUCACAGCCGAUCGUCGAGCAAUGCUCCGAAUGGCUCAAAAAAACGUAUUUGACGGAGAGCAUGAGAAAGGUGCUUCCUGAGCACGAGCUAGAGAAGUAUGAGGACAUGUUCACGGUGAAGGUCGAGCCCGGAGAGCUCGAUAUCGAAGAAGUCAAAAAGUCGAUUUAUUUCUUCAGUUAG